UCUAAACCCAGUCAAAAUGUAUGACUCUGUGACCUUCAUUUGGCUGUUGCUUUCAUAUGCAGAGCUUUCUAUGACUCCUUCACUGGGGACCACAGCUCCACCAGGAAAUACAACACAGGGACAGAGUACUACAUAUGGAGAUCAGUGUGGUGGCUUCCUCUCAAAUCCAUCUGGGUCACUUUCUAGCCCGUAUUACCCUGGAAACGGUCUCAUCACACAGUGUGUCUGGCAAAUACAAAUAGAAUACAAUCGCAUAGCACUUGUCUUCUUUUAUGUUAGUUUGAACUGCUUUCAGGAAUUUAUUGAAAUCUAUGAUGGACCCCUGUAUGCAUCCCCCUUACUUGGGAAAAUCUGUAAUGGGUCAAAUCUCAGCUAUGUAUCAUCUUCAAACACACUGACAGUUCUAUUACACAGAGACUCUUAUAACUCAGGAUAUGGGUUUUCUGCUUAUUAUAACUCAAUUUUCCCAGCUCUUCCAAGUACUCCACCAAUCACUAUAAAUUCUCUUCCAAGUACUCCACCAACCACUAUAAAUUCAAUAAAUGGCUCGUGUGGUGGCUACCUUUCCACAGCUUCUGGAUCAUUCUCUAGUCCAUUCUUUCCUGGAAACUAUCCAGUGAAUGUAAAAUGUAUCUGGAGAAUAGGAGUCAAGAACAAUUAUUAUAUCAGACUCAUCUUUAAGCAUCUUGAGCUAGAAGCUUCAUAUAAUUGUGCUUAUGACUUUGUUGAAGUCUAUGAUGGUCCUCUGAAUACAUCUCCUUUACUUGGGAGGAUUUGUGAUGGUUCAAAUUAUACAUUUACAUCAUCUUCAAAUACAAUGACUGUUCUGUUUUCAAGUGACUUUAGUUAUACAAGAAGUGGAUUCAGUGCUUACUAUGAUUCGUUUCCAGAAAAGAACAAUGAUACAGCACUGUCAUGUUCUGGACAAUAUAUGCGUGCAGUCAUUAACAGAACCUAUCUGCAGUCAUUGGGCUACAAUGCUUGGGAUGUUUAUCUGAAUGACUCAUCCUGUGGGCCACAACAGAUCACGGAAACCUUUGUUAUAUUCAACAUACCUUUUAAUGGAUGUGGUACAAUAAGACAGGUGAAAAAUAACACUAUCACCUAUUCCAAUGUAAUCAGAACAUCUCCUUCUGGUUAUAUUAUCACAAGGGAAAACAACUUUCAGUUUCAUGUUACCUGCAAAAUGAACCAGGACACAAUGGUAGAAAUAAUGUACGUUGCCAAAGGUGCUAUUGACAUACGUGAAACCCAGCAUGGAAGAUAUGACGUGAAUAUUUCAUUUUAUGAAUCAUCAAAUUUCUCAAAUCCAGUUUACAAUUCCCCAUACUAUGUUGACUUAAACCAGGAUUUAUUCCUUCAAGCCACUCUCUACAGUUCCGAUUCCGACCUGGUGAUUUUUGCAGACACGUGCAUGGCAUCUCCAUAUUCUGAUGACUUCACAAACCUGACUUAUGAUUUAAUCAGGAAUGGAUGUGUAAGAGAUUCCACCUACAGCUCAUACUAUUCACCAAUGGGAUACAUUGUUCGUUUCAAAUUCAAUGCCUUCAAGUUUCUCAACAGACAUGCUGCCAUUUACUUGCAGUGCAAGAUAGUUGUAUGCAGGGCAUAUCAUUAUUCUUCUCGAUGCUAUCAGGGAUGUUUAGCGAGGCGCAAGAGGGAUACAAGUCCUUACCAGGAAAAAAUAGAUGUUGUUGUGGGGCCAGUCCAGCGUAAAAAAGAAACCAAGGAGGACAAAAAAUCUGAUCCACACAAGAGAGAGUUUCUGGAAAAAGACGACGUACACAGCCCAUUUGUUCUUGCCACUCUGCUCUUGGCAGGAGUUGUUUUGGUUCUCACUGGGGCCCUUUUGAGAAGUAAACUGAGGAGAAGAACUGAGUAUCAAGUGCUAUGAGAGUAUCCCAAGGCAUCACAUGAGGUGGCUCAGCCUCAUUCUUUCAUGAAUGUAUUCAAUGUCGAACAUUUGCACAAUGAUUUAAUAGAUAACAUAGUAAAUUAAAAAGGAAAGUACUUGGCUUUCAAAGGUCAACAAUAAAUGUACAGAACAUGCUCUAAUAUGCAGAGAUGUGUUCCACUAAACCUGAUUUGGAUGCACUUUAAAUGAAGAGUCUCAAAUAGGGCUUGAGGAAAAUAAAUCUUCAGUUUUGUGUGUGCAGACAAAAGUGCAUAUGCACCAAUUGUACCUGCAAUAUCUUGCCUUCGUACACACAAAUGGACAUGGAUAUGUUCAAAGUGGGUAACUGUGCAGGCAGUAGAUGGGUACACAAUUAUUUGAUUCUUGCAGCAUUUGGUGAUUUCCUAACAUGUUUAGUGUAUUUGUAUUUUGGUUACAGUGAUCAGUCUGAAUAUGUUUGGGAAGGUUUUGACUAGGUCAGUUGUAGAGAAAGGACAGCUGUGAAACUCCGAUCUGGACAUUGGGGGUGUUGAGUUCUGUGGAUUCAGGUUGGGGCCAUCUCUGCAUUUAACUAGCACAAGUAAGUGUAUUUCUCUAGAAGUAACAUGAAAAUUCCUGCCCUUGUUAAUUUAGUAAACAGUUGAUUAAAGUGAUACAUCUUGAAAUCCAACAGUUGUUUAGCAUAGGGAUGUAUAUUAAGUUUUUAUUAUACCUAAUUAAACACAUAAUCAAUCAGUAUAAAUAGUUUAAA